AGCGUCGACGGCUGGUCGUCGCUUUGACGUCGUCGAGGCAAGUCGAGGCGGCCUGGAAAAGCCGUGUGCUGCUGCCCGCGUAUAAACGACGUCGUUUCACUGCACCGGCCCGAUCGAAGCGUUCCUCGGUUCUCGGCUUUUGUUCGCGUGCACCGUGAGUCGAUAUCUCGGCCAGUGGCGUGUACGAAAACGGAAACUGAGGAAGCGUAAGCUGCUCCUCCGGGCUCCGUGUGUCGGGAAGGUACAGUGGGGUGGAGCGGCGCCAUCCCGACGUCGCUCACGAAUCCGAUAACGCCGGACCACGGUUACCUAGUGCCCUAGUCUUCUCGAUAGAUCGCGCGGAUAUCAUUGAAAAUCCCUCAAAAUGUGACUUGAACUUUCGAGUGAACGUUCGAUGCUCGUAAGACUAUUAUGAAACCGGUUAGGACGUUAAGGAUUGUAUCGUCGUUUGUUAGAAAAGAUCGUGUUACUUGACCGAAUAAUUCGUAUUCAGUGUGGCGAGGUACAUAUACGUUAUAAUAUAAGAAACCUGAAAAGAGGACGGUGUUGUUAUUGGGAAGAGGAUCGUUGGUAAGAAGAAGAGUAUAAAAAGAAAAAAAGAAAGUGAAUUAGGUGAAACGACUCGAGGGGUACCCCGAUAAAACGGGGCUCCCUUACGGAGAGCCCCAGCUGGCCUGUGCAUGAUUCCGUCACUGGACGGCGGUGGUGACGGGUCCGUGGCUUGGAUGCGCGAGCGCGACACCCGCAUCGUCGUCGUACCGCAAGUGAAGCUCCCGGCGGAGGCGGAGGCGGCAGUAGCAGCGGCCGAUGACGGUGAUGGUCAGCCGCGAAACAGUGACUGCUGACUUGUGCACGAUUAAACGCAAUCUCGGUGUCGCGUACGGUGCCGUGCCGGUCGGUCGGUCGGUCUUGGGGGCGCAGCUUCGAGAAUAAUGCGUGUUAGGCACGUUACGCGACGACGAGGACGAAGGUACGACGCGAGGGACCCGAGCAGCCAGCCGCGGGUGCAGCUGCAGCAACGCAAUUAUGUACGCGUACGGUUUCGAGAUCACGUAGUGGCUGCCGUGUAAUUAUGUUGUCAUCGACGCGCGGCGCACCCUGUGUAGCUUCACGGUGAAAAUCUGGCGUGAGCGGUGCCGCGGUGGAACGGGGAACAUGGCGUCGGUCUCGGCUGAGACUCCAGCCAGCCAUGGGCACAGCUUUAGCAAGAAAACGUUUCACAAGCCGACGUACUGCCAUAGCUGCACCGACAUGCUGUGGGGCCUCAUACAGCAGGGGUACAUCUGCGAAGUUUGCAACUUCGUGGUGCACGACCGCUGUCUCAAGGCCGUCGUCUCCCCCUGCUCCACUAUCGCGGCAGGUCUCAUUAAGAACCCGGUUGCACACUGCUGGUCUGAACAGGUACAUCGUAGAAGAAAAUUCUGCAACGUCUGUCGUAAACGGCUCGAUGAUAAUCCAUCCAUACAUUGCGAAAUAUGCGAGUACUUCGUACACACGGAGUGCCAGGACUUUGCCGUGGCAGAUUGCAAGGAGAACGCCACGUAUUUACCUGGGAAGGACUUGGCGCAGGUAAAACAUACCCAUCACUGGCGAGAAGGUAAUCUUCCGAGCAGUUCGAAAUGCGCUGUCUGCAAGAAAAACUGUGUUUCUGCCGAGUGCCUUUCCGGGUUUCGUUGCGAAUGGUGCGGCAUGACGUUGCACUCUUACUGUUAUAAAAAUAUCCCGCAAGAAUGCACCUUUGGGAACUUGGAACCAAUUUACUUACCACCACAUGCAGUCAGCAUUCCACGUACGGAAGUUCCCAUGGAGGCCAUCAUUGGUGUACAAGUACGUCGAAAAGAAGUCCUGGCGCGUGAGUAUUCUUGCCAUAACAUCGGAGAGCAAUUCGAUUUCGCUGAGAGUGAACAAAUUGGGGCUGCAGGCCGCCUAGCCGAAGCUUUGAGGCGCCUUUCACUAGUUUUGCCACGUAGCUGCCAUGGAAAUUGUCAUGCUUCCCCUCCUUAUGUUCGAGCGCGAAGCAUAUCGGAAGAGUUUAGCAGCGGAGAUACAAGGUAUCGUGACAAUGGCGAAUCAACGAGUAGCACGCACAGUCGUGAUCCGCGUUCUCCAAAGGAGAAAGAAGAUAAAGAAAGAGGUGACGAAGAGAUGGUCAAGGUGUACGACGGCGACAAUUCCCUCAGACGACGGAUAUUUCGCGUGAUCUCGGUGCCCCGGCAAGCUACCACCGAACAGGUCCUGACAUCAGCACUUCGUGCAUUUCAUAUUACGAAAGAUCCUACCAACUUUUACCUCACCGACCUGUAUGCCACGGAUGAGACUGAAUUAUGCGAUCCAACUCCGGUUCUAAACUUGAAUCGCAAAGAGGGCAAACGUCCGGCUGUCUUCUUACGGUUCAAGGAUAGCGAAAGCGGACAGGUACGCGUCUAUCCAGGCAAACUACAGGUGUCAGAGUCGUUCUGUAUGGUAUCUGUCACAGAAGCAACAACUGUUGCGGACUUAAUCGAAGAAGCGCUUCAGAAGUUCGGUUUGCAAAAUUUUAAAUCGGAAGAUUACAGAUGCAGCGAAAUUCUUCUCGAUCGCGGUGUCACUGAAAGAGUUUUGGCUCGUGACGAGAAGCCAUGGGAAAUCAUGAAACAACUGGGCCAAGAUUCGAUCAGGCAAAUGGAGUUGAUGCGAUUUUACCUUCAGCUGAAGCAAGAUCCCCAUGGCCCUAAUUUAGCUUUGUUCGUCGGCAAUUUGCCACCAAACCUCUCUGAAAGGUGUUACGAAAACAUGUUGACCGAGUUCUUAGGCAAAGAAAAUAAAUUCUCCUUUAUCGGUCCAAUAUACUAUGAAUAUGGCUCGAUGGUAAUCAUUUACGAGGACUCGAACAAGGCAGUCACGGCGUUGUAUACGUUGAGAGAAUCAAAAUAUGAGGAUAAACAUCUUUUAGUCAUGCUAUUACCAAGUAUCGAGCCAAGCAUGGUGCCCCCAGGGGUACAACCUUUACUCGUUUUCGUGAACGUGAAAUCUGGCGGUUGCCAGGGACUUCAAUUGAUCUCCAGCUUCCGAAAACUUUUGAAUCCGUAUCAGGUGUUUGAUCUCGACAAUGGAGGUCCACUUCCUGGUCUCUACGUUUUCCGUCACAUAAAGGAUUACAAAAUCUUGGUUUGUGGUGGUGAUGGAACGAUAGGAUGGGUCCUGCAAUGUUUGGAUAACGUGGGACAAGACAGUGAAUGUUCCUCGCCUGCUUGCGCCAUCGUUCCCCUAGGAACCGGAAACGAUCUCGCCCGUGUCCUGUGCUGGGGUUCCGGUUACACCGGCGACGAAGAUCCCUUGAAUUUACUCCGAGACGUAAUCGACGCGGAGGAAUCCUUAUUGGAUAGAUGGACCGUUGUAUUUCAUACAGAAGACAAGGAAGAUAAGCAGUCGGCUACCAAUACAGGAGGCGCAGGUGCUACUAGCGAAGACAAUACGCAAAUACUCGUGAUGAACAACUACUUUGGUAUCGGUAUCGACGCCGAUUUGUGCUUAGACUUUCACAACGCAAGAGAAGAAAAUCCGAAUAAAUUCAAGAGCAGAUUGCGUAACAAGGGAGUAUACGUGACAAUGGGUUUACGAAAAAUGGUGAAACGGAAACCAUGCAAAGAUUUGCAUAAAGAAAUUCGAUUAGAAGUGGACGGCAGAGUCGUUGAAUUACCUCAAGUCGAGGGAAUAAUUAUCCUAAACAUUUUAAGUUGGGGUUCUGGGGCAAAUCCCUGGGGACCAGAUACGAAGGAAGAUCAAUUUUAUACACCGAACCACGGAGAUGGAAUGUUGGAGGUAGUUGGAGUUACAGGUGUAAUACACCUUGGACAAAUUCAAUCUGGUCUUCGCACAGCUAUGAGGAUAGCGCAGGGAGGACAUAUAAAAAUUUAUUUGCACUCUGAUAUACCAGUACAAGUGGACGGAGAACCGUGGGUUCAGAGUCCAGGGAAUAUUGUAGUUUUGAAAUCAGCGCUAAAGGCUACCAUGUUGAAGAAAAAUAAGAUCAAGCGUCGGAAUACCGAACCUUCGAUUCCACCCGCUAAUGGGGUGGGGAGCAAGAGCACGGACGAGUGUAGCAACAAAAGCUAGAACGCAGUUUCUGCGGUCUAUGUCGAUCGAUUAGACACGAAAUUUUCAAUUAGUGCUCCGCCUAGGCUCCACCUAGUAUCGUGUACUAUUGCUGCAUACGAUACAGGGGAGUUUCGGUGCGAUCAUUACGAUAAAACACAAACACACACGUACAUGUACUUCCUGUGUAGUAAAACUCCAUUCGAUGUUUCCGCCGCAUGUAGCUCUCUGUGCCAGUAUCGUCGAUGUGUGUGGAUGGACGAUAAAUUUUUGGACAGCGUCAAAGUCUCCUGACUCUCAAGAUUACAUUUCCAAGGCCAUCUGGUUUCAAAUAGAACCAGAAAGUUAGGAUCAAGGUUCCAUGACUUCCAAGAGAUCUUCUUUCCGAUCGAAAAACCGGUUACCAGAAAAAUUGAAACGCAAUUUAAUUCCGUGGCAUUGACCGUAGCAUUGGUUGUAUUACCAGAAUCGUCGUAAUAACGAAUUCGUAAAUUGUUACAGAAACUUGAUGAAUUUGCAAAUACAUUUUUAUCCGGAGGUUUUUGCCAUUCCGUAUUUUGAUGCUUUGGUCGUCGAUGGUUCUAGCGUUGAAUAACGUAUUGAGUAUCAGGAAGGUUUUAAGAUCUUAAGAUUUUUCUCUUAUCUGUAUGAUUUUGAUAAUAGUUUUAAAUUUUAAUUAAAGUUAUUUACUUCACGCAUGAUGUAAUGUCGAAUUUGUUGACUCAACGUUGUCAGAUCUUAGCGUCCAAGAAUUUAUCAAUUACGCUCACGCCUAAAUGUUCAGCGCAAUUCAAGCUUGCCGUAAAACAGUGUUGUGAAAAGUUAAAGGUUCGACAAAAUUUUAUCAAUAUUUUAGAAAUAUUAUACGAUAAGCAGUGACAAUCAUCCUGUACUUUGAAGAAAAAUGAAAGAAAAUAUACAUAUAUAUUCAGUGUGCAGUUGAAAGCUAUAUACAAGUGAGCAGGAAAUGAUUGAUUGUAAAAAAAGAGAAAUGAAUAUACAGAAUAAACUUACUUUGUUCGAAGCUUAAUUUUCGGAAAACAUCGAAUUUAGAAAUGUGCUACAUAUAUAUAUACAGUUAUGGCUAUAAGUAUAACUUUCGAUCGCAUCCUGUAUAUAUUUUAAAAAUCUUAUAAAACCUAUACAUUUUCGCAACACCGUACAUGAUUUUAUUAUUCUCGUUCUUUCAAAUGGUGUUUCCCAGCUUCAGUAAUGAACGCUCGAAGGAUCUUACACAUUUUUUUAAAAGAGUAUGAUUUAUUUUAUCGAACCAUCAUUUCUAAGUAAUAUGUGAAAUAUAUUGAAGUAUAAAAAGAGUCUCAUUAGCAAAAUCUCCAGCUUAUUAAUUGGUAGGCGCGCUUAUUUUUACGUUAGAUAUACAGGGUGUUUUUUCAAAUGAUAUUUUUCUAAAACACGCAAUCCAUGUAUUUACACGUGCUUUCCUCAUCUUUCAUACGCUAAAUGUUGCAAAGUUACAUCUUUAUCUUUACUAUCUACCUUUUAUCUCUAAUCUAAUCGUUUUUACACGCAAGUGCCUCAAUAUUUCUUUAUAAUAAAAGUAUCAAUUGCAUAAAAAGAUACAACAUAUGCUUCAGCGGAAAAAAGAAGGGAAUUGAAGAUUAUCUUCAAUCUUUACAACACCAUUUCCGAUGCAAACACACAAUACACUUUCUGAAGUCAGUUUGUCUUUUUUUAAUACAAUUUUAUUUUCAACCUCUUACGUUCUAAAAUUAUCGCUUAGCUCAGUUGUAUGAGACAGCCUGUAUAUAUUUUGCUUACAUUUUUGCUUAUCCGAAAUUUAUCCAUAAUUUGUUUCCAUAAUCUUCAAGCGGAAAUUAUGGCAGAUAAUGAGCUAAACGAUAUUAAUCGUAUCGUUAAUCAAUCGUUUAAAACCCCAACAUCUGAACAUUGACCCUUCGAGCGUCGAUUAAUUUUUCAUUUUACUUUUACAAUAGAACUCUAUUUAUCUGAACUCCGUUUAUUGAAACGAAAUUUUAAUCAAUUAACUAUGGAAAGAAAUCAUUUACGUAAUUACUUCAACUCGCACAAAUUGAACUAAUGUUAUUUGCAAAAUUGCACAGGCUACAAGUUACAAGUAUUCUACGCGAACACUCGAUAUAUAAUUGUAAAAUCAUGCGACAAAAAUUGUUAAUUCGCUAAUAUCAUCAGUCAGCAAAUAAUUUUGCAAGAGAAUUCCUUUUAUCUGAACGAGAAAUUCUGCCGGUCCGAAAGUAUUGGAACACCUACUAUAUAUAUUCAUUACAGAACUCUAACAAAUUUCACGUCAUCCGUUUUUCUAAUUAAUCGAUUAAUAUAAUUUACGACAAGUAUUAAUUAAUUUUACAUAUGAUUCGAAUAAAGUAACUGAAAACUAAAUCAAUGAAAAGUCAAUGGGUAUUCUAAUACUUCAGUUUCUUUUUUUUUUUUUUUUUUAUUAUUUAAUUUGUACUUUACAAUUUGUCCAGCUGGACAUUCGGUAAAUUAUACUUCAGUGAUUGCAAAAAGUACCGACGUACGUCCUUAUCUUCCAAUGGCGCGUAUUUUAUCAAGCUCUGUAUGUUUCAUUUCCAUAGCGUGCAAUUUUUCCAGUUAUACGAACGUAUCAUUAAACGAUAGAAAAUGAAAUAACACUUGGAUCUAAUCGACCAGCAUGUAAAUUCUCUAAUAAGUACAACGAUGUGCGAGUUCUUUUCGUGUGCGCCGUUGUGGCCGGUAUUACAAUAAAGCGAAAAGAAAAGUAGAAUAAAAAAAAUCAGCAAUCUCUGUUAUACGAACUAAAGAAUUAAUCUUUACCAUUGCCGGUUCAGAUAAAUAGAAAUCUACCGGACUACUUGUUUCAUUGGCAUCCUUAUCUCUCAGUGUUUUGGCCCGUGGAAUGUUCUAGCUGCGUUUAACCGAACAUGUCGUUUCACUUUGGUCACUUGGCAUUGACAUAUUACAAUCUCUAUAUUUGUUCCUUUGUGCGCGCCCCCUUGUGAUCCUGUCCCUUCCUAGGCCACGAUGCUGAAGAAGACCAAGGGUAAAAUGAAACGGCGUAACACAGAGUCCAGCAUGCAGCUGGCACUUCAGGCCACGUCCUCGAACGAUACGGAGUCUGAAAUCUUCUGAGUGAGCGAAUGUUGUCCCUCGUACAACCAGAACGAGGAUGCCACGCCAUGAGUACCACAUAUUUUAUGAGUACCACGCACACGCAAGCGGCACGGUUUUGACACAACACGCAACAAACGAAAUCGGCCUCGAAAUUCGUCUGACCACGGUCACGCACUGUACGAACUUAUACGUAAGCACAAACAGAAACAGCAGCAACACGUAUAUACCACAUACGCGAGACAUAGUACACAUAGUACACAGAACAGAAUCUACACACGUACGUGAAUACAAUUGUCUUUGAUCACAAAAGAAAAAAAAGAAAAAGACGCAAGUAGAACCGCUCCAGGAAUAAAAGUAAAAAAGAAAAAAAAAACAAAAAAAGAAAAUAUGCCAGGAUAAAUCACGACGCGUUGCGAACUGAAGCUGUGACUGUUAAGAACAGAGAAGAAAGGAAGGAGGAGACGAAGAAGAAGAAGAAGAAGAAGAAGAAGAAAAAGAAGAAGAAGAACGAGAACAAAAAUGCUCGUCCAAUGGACAACUUCAUUAUAAACUCAAGUAAUCUUUAAUGUCCCUUUCCGAGUUGCUAGAAUGAAAUAACUAGAUCUCAUUUUUAAAUGUUAAUAAUCAUUAUAUAGCAUUGUACGUAGCUUUGAUCGAUAUUUUUUUAGUAAAGAAAAAAGCGAGAAAACAAACCAGAGACGAGGGUGAAGAGAAGAGAGCGAGAGCGAAAGACGAGAGUGAGAGAAAAACGUGUCGUGCGUAUGUAAAAGAAGAGAGCGUGAGAGAGAGAGAGAGAGAGAGAGAGAGAGAGCGCGAGAGAGAGGAUGAGUGAGAAA